CGCCGAUAAAAUGUCCUCGCGACGCAAUCCGCUCCUGGAGCGAUACUUCUGUCCUCAAGAAUUACAAUGACCGCUGCCACUCAUCAGAAAUCCGUACCGUCAGAGCAGACGCCCCUUCUGGGCCGUUUGGAAGAGGUGCACGAUGCGCCCCGCGUCCCGGUGACGGUCUUCCAGGGCUCGGCGAUCAUGGUAGCCAUGGGUCUGCUGUUGUUUAUUCAAGCCACCCAAAUCACCGCCAUGACCACCGCUCAAUCGGCCAUUGCCACCGAGUUCGACGCCUUCUCCGUGGCCACAUGGUUCAGUUCCGUGUUCCUGAUCGCGUACUCGAGCAUCACGCCCCUCUCCGGCCGACUGUGUCAGAUCUUCACGCCCCGCGUCUACGUCUUCUUCACCUCGAGCCUGCUGGCAUUGGGCCUGUUUGUCACCGCGGCUGCCCCGAAUCUGGCCGUUUUCCUGGCCGGACGAGCCAUCGCGGGCUGCGGCGCGGGCGGACAGAGCGUGACGGCGCUGGUGCUGGCGCUGGACCUGACGAGCAAGAAGCGCCGGGGACUGUUCCUGGGCCUGAUCAGCGCGGCCAUGACGACGGGCAUCGCGUCGGGGGCUGUGCUCUCGGGCCUCCUGACCACCGUCUACGGAUGGCGUCUCAUCUUCUGGAUCCAAGCCCCGAUCACCCUCCUCCUCGCCCCGAUCAUGUUCUUCGCCAUCCCUCUUCCACCCGGGAACAAGCAAGGUGAGCAGGAUGGGCGCACAAUACUCCAAAAGCUAGCCCAGGUCGACUACGCGGGCGCGUUGACCUUAACCCUCUCCGUAACCCUCCUCCUCACUAGCCUGGCCUCUCCGACCAUCCAAAUAACCCCAAUCCUGGGCUUUUUAUUCACCACCGCCCUCUUCCUCACCAUCGAAUCCUACUACGCCACCCAACCCAUCAUCCCACUGCACCUCAUCCGCCAGCGCCCCGUGCACCUGACCUGCCUCGCCGGCCUCCUGACAAUGAUGGCCCGCUGGGCCGUCCUCUUCUACACCCCCGUCUACGCCAUGGUCGUGCGCGACUGGACCCCGGCCUCAGCAGGACUGAUCCUCGUCCCCACGAACGCAGGCUUCGGCCUCGGCGGCGUGUUAGCCGGGUGGCUGCACAUCCGCCAGGCGCAGAGCUACUACCUCUCCAGCCUGCUAGCCUACACCCUCUUCGCGCUGGCCGCGCUCCUCCUCGCCCUCCUCGCCGUCCCAUCCUCCCCCGUCACCGGCUUUGUGGCUGCCACAUUCCUCCACGGCCUCGCCGUCGGCGCCCUCCUGAAUUACACCCUCUCCCACCUCCUCCAUCUCACUCCCCAUAACAUGCAUUACCUGAUCGGGGCACUGGUGGGCAUGAGCCGCGGGUUCGCGGGGAGCUUUGGCUCCGCGAUCGGCGGGGGCUUCUUUGUCCGGGAGUUGCGGCGCGGGGUGGUGCAGGGGUUCGAGGAGUACGGGGUCGACGGGGAGAGGGAGAGGGAGCUGGUGCGCAAGUUGGUGGGCAGUCCCGCGUUGGUGAAGGGGUUGCGGGGCGUUGAGAAGGUGGUGGCCGUGGCGAGUUAUCAGGCUGCGUUGCAGCGCCUGUUUUUGGCGAGUUGUGUGCUGAUUCUGCUUGCUGCGGUGGCGCAGGCGGGGACAGGGUGGAGGGGCAACGGGGCUAAGGCUGGGGAUGAGGGGGAGGAAAGGGAGGGGAGGGUUUAG